AUGAUGGACUCGACGCGGACGAUCUCUGAAUUGAAGUCGGCUUUUCUACGAGGCCAAGUACGUAUUCUCUCAGAGAAUCUCGAGCCACCCGAAGACUGGAGGCACUAUGCAGUGGAGAUCAACGACGACGAACUACCAGACAAGGUAAUUGAAGAUGUUCUACACAAAGGUACAUUAACUCAUGUCGUUCUCGACAACAUGGCCCUCCACAACCGAGUUGUCUACUCUUCCCAGGCAAUCCAUCAUGUUGCCAACCAGAUUGCCAGUCUCUAUUGGUCCUCAGUCAACCAGGAGGCGCAGAACAACAGUGUGUCUGCCAAUGGUGUCGAUAGGACCGCAGAUCUCUCGAGACAAGUGAGCAUUACCAAACUGCCUCAGGAUUUAAAUGGCCAAGGAUCGAGCAGCGACGAAAACGAACGGUACCGGCUGCUACGAGAGAAGCUCGUCAGUCUGGAUCAGCAACGUCAGCAGAAGCAGCGACGCUUGGGCCAACUCAGAUAUCUUCAAAAAUUACUUGAGCCCUUCAACAAACCACAGGAGAACAUUCAGCCGAAUCUUGUUACUCGCGACGGAGAGCUUGCACAGGAACUCGAGAGGAUGCGCAUGCUCGUCGCGCGGGUUGGCGGAAGGAUUGCACAACAGAAGCCCAGGGGUGACAUCCAAGAUGGCGAGUACUCACUACCAGGAUCAAGUAAACGGCUAGAAGCUUUGAUGGACGCUGGGGUAUGA